AUGUCCAGUUCAGCCUUACUGCACCUCUUCUUGGUAACAGCAACGACCUUCCUUGGUUCCACGUCCUGUCAUGCCGCCCAAUUGAUCUUUGCCGACGAAUUCGACGUUCCGGGUCCACCCGAUCCAUUGGUAUGGUCCUACGACAAGGGUGAUUGGGGUUGGGGGAAUGCCGAGCUCCAACGGUACACGGACGAUUCCAAAAAUGUGCAAGUCCAAAAUGGCAAGCUGGUGAUCCGGGCUCACAGGGUGGAGGAUGCUGGCCGCAGUCAAUUCACCUCGGCCCGCAUCAAGACCUUGAACAAGGUGACCUUUCAAUAUGGUCGAGUGGAAGCCUUUAUGAAAAUGCCGGAUCUUCGGAAUGGUUUGUGGCCUGCGUUUUGGACCUUGGGGAAUGACUUUCCCAUUGUCGGAUGGCCGGCCUGUGGGGAAAUUGACAUCAUGGAAAUGGGACAUUCUUCCGGGAUCCAAGAAGGAACGGUCAAUCGAAAGGUUGGAUCGGCUGCCCAUUGGGAACAUGAAGACGAUACAUGGGCAAACUACUUUGAUUACUAUACGGCUCCAUCCAAUUUGAAUGAUGGGUCCUUUCACAAUUACACUCUGAAUUGGACUCCCAAGUUUCUCGAAACCUACGUGGAUGGCACUUUAGUCUGGAAGAUGGACAUUUCGCAUCCCAACUGUCCGGCGGACAAGUGUUCCGAAUUUCACAAACCGCACUUCUUUCUGCUCAACCUGGCCAUUGGAGGACGAUAUACGGACAUUUUGACACCCUCUGGGAUUACCGCCCCGUUUCCAGCCGAACUCCAAGUCGACUACGUACGACUCUAUACCAACCAAUGGACUCAUGUUGGAGGAUCCUACUUUGGGGAAAAUGAAGGAAGUUAUGAGCUUGUGAAUUGUGGAUGCCCCACCACUUGUACCGACACGGUCUUGAACCGUUCUGCUCCCGGACCGGAAGGGACCUUUUCGUGUCGGGAACGCAUCGAAUGGGUCAUUUCCAAUUUGCAGUUGGAUGAAAAGGAUGCUUGUGCUGUGGUAGGCAAUGAAUUUCCGGACAUUUGUGGUGCUGAUUGCAAUUCCAUGACCUGUCCCAAAGAUGAUUUAGUAUCAACGCCGAUUCCUACUGCCACUCGUGAACCAACAGCAACAACAACAACAACAACAACAACUCCAGCCCCUGUGCCCAAUCCGCCUGGUCCACCAGGUCCACCAUCCAGCACUCCCAAACCUAUAGACUGUGGCUGUCCCAAUCAUUGCACAGCACGAGAACUUGACCAGGUAGCAGGCGGCUUCACUUGCCGGGCACGUAUCCAAUGGCUCAUGGAUCAUACCCCCAAUGAUAGAAUGAGCGAAAAAAAAGCCUGUUUUGCAGUCAGCGAAGAAUUUCCAUCCAUCUGUGGCAGGAACUGCAAUCUCUUCCAUUGUGAUUUGUUUGGUGAAAAUCAUGGCGAUGACAACGACAAUGACAACGACAACGGGGGCAAUGAUUCUUCUUCUACUAAUCCUCCUCUUGACAGCACAAACGGCAACGAUAUCGAGGAACGCAAAGACGACCAAGACGCUUCGAGUGCCAUCACUUGUGGUUGCGCCAGCUGCAACGAUGAAGUAUUAAAUCGCAGUGUAGGCGAUUCCACGUGCUUGGAACGAAUUACAUCGCUCAUGGAGACCCAACACAAGUCGGAAUUGGAGGCCUGUCGCCUCGUUGGGGAAGAAUUUCCCAAGAUUUGUGGUGGCGAGUAUUGCAAUCCCGAUACUUGUACCAUGGAUUGCUCCUGUGGCUCAAAUAGUUGCCAGUCAUCGAUAUUGAAUCGAUUGGUGAUGGACAAAGAAGGUACCCAAACGUGUCGCGACCGGAUACAUUCGCUUGUGGAAACCACCAAUGUCAGUGUCAAGGAGGCCUGCGGACAAGUCAGUGACCAAUUCCCAUCUGUUUGUGGGCAAGGAUGUCACCCUGAAAGCUGCAGUGUGUUUCCAAGAACCACAGUACGCGACUGUGGAUGUCCUGGUACCUGUCUGGAUCGGGUGCUCGAUCAAGAUGCUGCUGGACCAAGCUGCCGGGAUCGAAUCAAUUGGGUCAUGGGAGCCAAUGGAUUGGGGGAAGAGGAUGCUUGCUCACUUGUGAGCGAUCAAUUUCCAAGCAGCUGUGCUAGAGGCUGUGAUCCACGAACUUGCUAG